CGUUAUAUGCAGCGCUGCUCCGUCAGCGAGUGCAGAACGCAUUCAGCUUACCUGGCUAUAAGAACGCCCUUAUUCUCUUCUCUGGAACAUCGCACGAGCGAACGAUCAAGCGCCUGUGCUUUGCAGUUUGCCUGUAGGGACGUCGACACGUAUCUCACGCUGGUCCGCCGCGCCACUGCCUGCGUGAUUCGUGCUCUCGACUUGUGAUUGCCCUUGCUGGAAACAAGAUCGACUAGCAUCAUCUGCCUGCUCAUAUUUGUCCAGAUUUCAUUUGGCCCGGAUUAAGCAAGCAGCACACUGAGGAUGUCCGUUGUGCGGCUACAGAUUGCGCGGUACCUGUUCCUACUGCUGUCAUCGCUGAUGAUGUUGCUACUGUUGACUGCUGUUCCGAAGGGGGAGGCAGCGCCGAUCAUAACGUCCAACUGCAGCGAGGCCUUCUUGCGCUACAGCCAGAACCACACCAUGUGCAGAGAGGAGCCCGCGUGCGAGAUCCAAGUGGCGGGCAUCGACGACAACGUCAAGCAGCUCAUUCUCAAGCUGCACAAUCACUACCGUAGCCUCAUCGCGGGAGGAAACGAGACGCACAUGCCGCCGGCAGCCAACAUGCUCGAGAUGGAGUGGGACGAUGACUUGGCGAGGGUGGCCCAAGCGCAUGCUAACCUGUGUCAGUUCGAGCACGACUGCCCGUCAUGCCGAUCAAUGGAUAAGUUUACCGCCGUCGGCCAGAACCUGUGCCUCGACAGGACCACAAGACACAAUCCACAGCCGGACUGGGAAAGCUGCGUGCGGCGCUGGUACGACGAGGUGUCUCUCUUCUCCAACGCCUCGCGCUCCCCAUUCCAGUUCGACCUUCCCACUGGGCAUUUCACGCAGAUGGUGUGGGCGACCACGUGGAAGAUUGGCUGCGGCUACACGCGCUAUCCGUCCACCGAGCCGCCGUUCACCUACGACCUUCUCUACACCUGCGACUACGGGCCAGGAGGAAACAUUGUGGGCGGCGAGAUGUACGAAGAGGGCGACGCGUGCUCCAACUGCCCCGAGGGAACCUGCUGCGGAAGUUCUUGUGAAGAACAGAACGUCGACACGCGCUUCAAGGGACUGUGCAAGCCGACGACUCCUGAAGGUCCAAAGCCCUCCGUAAACAAGAAGGGCCUCCUCUGGGCGUGUCUUUUCAACAACGAGACGUCCGAAUCGUGCGAGACUGUCUCCGAUCCCCCGGACGCUUUCAACACCAAGCCGUUGUUUGGUGCCAACUUCCUGGAGACCGUGGUCGAGGGUGGUAAGCGGGUCGAGCUCACCUUCAAACGCAUCAUCAAGAGUCCGCAGUCUCCGUUCUGCAUCAACAUCGAGUACGCCAAGGGACCCAGCAUGGCGGGCGACAAGGCGGACGGCUCGCUGCGACUGCUCCUGACGUCGCCAGUGCUAAACCUUUUCCAGAUCGACGCCGAACUUGGCGGAGACUACACGGGUUACCAGAUGUACUCCUUCUCUCUGGACUUUCGCAUACCCGUCCAGGUUGGCUUCUCCUUCUCAGUUCCAGCAAACAGCUCUGCGCAGUACUUUGGCCUGUACAAGCUCAUCGUGAAUCAAGGAGCCUGUUCGCAAGGCUUCUAAGGAAGCUUGUGCUGACAUUUCGGCUGCAACGUUGUUUCACAUCGGACAAAACGUGUUUUACGACGACUCUCGACUCGUGUACGUGGUGCUUCCUGCGCACGUUACACGAGCCAAGUGUCAAUUGCCUAACUCGAGGUGUUCCGUGAGCCUGGCUAGUUUGCUGGAUCACAACAAGAGAUGAGAUUGUGCUUACCUGACGCCAUAUGUCACGGGAAGGCUUUUUCGAGGCUUCGGUCUCUUGCAACGUUUAUCGAUGCGGUCUCAUCCUUUUGUGCACGUGAUUGUUGCUGUCCUUUUACAUCUCCGUGUGUGUGUAUGUUGAUGUACUGUGAUGUCUGCGGCACUCGGAAAUUGAUGAAUGUUGUGUAUUCUUCGGUGCAGUCAUCCGUUUCGUUCUUAUAAAUUUUAAUCACGUUCAGAGGCGUCAAACGUGUAAACUGAACUACAUAUCUCUGAACUGAAGUGUGUAUCCGUCCACUUAUGCGUAGGUUUCAUCGGUCCAUUUAUGCGUACCAUUCAGCUCGCUGUUAUGAGGCUGCUUUUAGUAACUCACCUCAAUAAUCCUCAGUAGUCGCUCACCAAAAGCUAGUUAGCGCAUCGAAGGAGGAGGCAUUCGCGAAGGAGGUCAAGUACGUCUAACAUAAAAAAAUCAAUCGGUCACAAUUUGAGUGUUGUUGUAAAGUAUUUUUGAUCACAUUACACGUUCGCGACAUCUUUUUCCACUUCAUCAUCAUUACAGCUUGUUGCGCCAUUUCUCGUAAAUUUACGUUGCACAUUGAUGCUUUUAUACAACAAUUUAUCGGGUAACUCUGUUUCAGAAAUGCACUUGUGUUGCCUAUUCAUGUUGACGAAAGGACUGUGCUUUCUUGAUUAAAAACGUCCUUGAGCUGCAACUUUCAGGCAUGACCUCGUGAGAGCGAAACUAGUACACUGCUAUAGGGCUUGCAGCAACGUUGCAGACUAUCUUUUUUUUAAAAAGCUCUCACAGCGCUUAGGUGUAUUUGUAUUGACUCGUAGCAUUCCUGUACGCUUCAACCGAAAUCAUCCAUGUGUGUCAGAGCGCCACUCAUGCUAUCCAUUACCGUUAUUCAGCUGUCGUUAUCCAAUGUGAUUUGUUCGUAGCUUGUCAAGUUUGAAGAGCCAAAAUCUUAUUCAGUUCAUUACACGCGUGCAGGAGCAUGUUUCAGACAACAUAAACUGAACAUAUGACUAACUUCUUCUUGUAUAUAAUAGUUUGUCCACAUUUCAAUAUAGCAACAAGUCCUCGUGAAAAUGCGUUUUAUACGUAAUUCUUUUUAUUCAGCAAAGUGUUCAUUUUUUCUGCAUGUGCAUUAUUUCGCAAGAUGACCGGGAGUGCAUUUCGUUGCAUUGUCAAUGCAUUCAUUCUAUCAUGUUCGAGAAGCUUUCAUAAUUUUUUAUAUGGAAGUUAUGUAUCGUGACAUUCAAUCACUGUGCAAUAAAUGGUGUGAAUUUCCUAUAC